CCGGCAUUCCACCCCUCAGCAAACCCGCCAGCGCGAUGUCAGCCCUGAAGAGAUUUGAGCACCACAAUCCCUCAGAAGAAAACCCGUUCGAUUGCACGCUGUGCAGUAAGAAGUUCUCUGUUGCCGGCGGUCUACGUGAACACUUGCGUACACACACAGGAGAGUUGUUCGAUUGUACAUUUUGCGACAAGAAGUUCACUAAAUCAUCCAAGUUGCGUGUACACCUGCGUACUCAUACAGGGGAGAAACCGUACGCCUGUCGCAUGUGCGACAAAAAUUUCUCUACUAAUGGCAGUCUACGUGAGCACUUGCGAACACACACAGGAGAGAAACCAUACGCCUGUAGCAUGUGCGACAAAACGUUCUCUCGAGCUGGCCACAUGCGUGAACACCAGCGGACUCAUACAGGGGAGAAGCCAUACGGCUGUAGCAUUUGCGACAAAAAGUUCCCUGCUGUUGGCGCUCUACGUCAGCACUACAUGUGCACACACACUGGAGAGAAACCGUUCGAUUGCACAUUCUGCGACAAGAAGUUCACUAGGUCAUUUGAAUUGCAUGUACACCUGCGUACUCAUACAGGGGAGAAACCCUACGCCUGUGGCAUGUGCGACAAAAAGUUCUCUACUGAUGGCAAUCUACUUAAGCACUUGCGAAUACACACUGGAGAGAAACCGUUCAAAUGCACCAUGUGCCCCAAGAAGUUUCGUCUAUUUGCUCAUCUGCAGGGCCACCAGCGCACACACACUGGAGAGAAACCAUUCGAGUGCAGCGUGUGCGGAAAGAAGUUUACUGUAAAGUUCCAGGUGAAAGUGCACUUUCGGCGCCUCCACGAAGGAUACAAACCAGACAAGCCUUUCAAUUGCACUUUCUGCGUCAAGAAGUUUGAAAAUGCAUUCAAACUCAAGGAACAUCUGAAAACGCACACGGGUGAGAGGCCCUUUGAGUGCAAAUUAUGUGACAAGAAGUUCGCGGCCUCUGGUAAUCUGAAGCAGCACGAGCGCACCCACACUGAAGACAAACCCUUCGAGUGUACCACUUGCAGCAAAACGUUUCGAAUGGCAAGAGAUCUCCGUAAGCAUUUGGUCACUCACACCAAAGAGAAAAACUUCGAGUGCCCGUUAUGCGACAAGAAGUUCAACAGCUCUAGUAAUCUGUCUACACACAAGCGAACCCACACGGGAGAGAAGCCAUUUGCGUGCACACUGUGUGACAAGAAGCUCAGAUCAUCGUCUUCGUUGCGUAGACAUCUACUCACCCACACCGGAGAGCGGCCCCAGCCCUGUGCGUGCACCCUCUGUGACAAGAAGUUCUGCACACCAUCCGCCUUACGCUCCCACUACAUGCGAAUCCACACUGAAGAAAAACCCUUCGAGUGUGCCGUCUGCCACAAGAACUUCUGCACUUCUGGCGAAUUGCGUUUGCACCUGCGGUCCCACACCGGAGAAAAGCCAUACGAGUGUACUGUAUGUGGGAAGAAGUUCUCUGCGUCUAGCAAUCUACGCGCGCACUUCAUGCGUGCCCACUCGGAGGAAACGGAAUUCCAAUGUGCCCUGUGUGACAGGAAGUUAAGUUCUGCCGAUGCAUUGCGUGGACACCUGCGCACUCACACUGGAGAGAAGGCUAGGGGCGACAAUGAAGAGGGGUCCUCCAGCUCAUUGAGCGCGCGCGUACGCACCGACACGAGACCAUUCAGAUGCACCCUGUGCGACAGGAAGUACGUAUACCGAGCGGCGUUGUAUAGCCACCUUCUCAUCCACCUAGGACAGCGGCCGAGACAGCGGCCCUGCAGGUCCUGUAAGUGCACCCUCUGUGACAAGACGCUAUCCACAGAGGGGGGGCUGCGCAUCCACAUGCGAACCCACACUGGAGAAAAACCCUUCGAGUGUACCGUCUGCCCCAAGAAGUUGAGUUCUGCUGAGUCAUUGCGUGCUCACCUGCGGACGCACACGGGAGAGAAACCGUACGAGUGUAAUGUCUGUGGCAAAAAGUUCUCUGUUUUAAGUUCACAACGUGCGCACUUGAAAACCCAUACUGGGGAACAACCAGAGAAGCCACAUGAGUGUUCACUGUGCGACAAAAAGUUCUCCACUGCCCAGCGGCUACGUCGGCACUGGAUGAUUCACACGGGGCACAAACCAUACAAGUGCACCAUGUGUGACAAAACAUUCACUUCUGAUGGCAAUAUGCGUCAGCACUUGCGAACUCACACCGGGGAGAAGCCAUAUGAAUGCACUUUGUGCCACAUGAAGUUCUCUUUGUCUCCAAAUUUGAAGCGGCACAUUCGUGUGGUACACCAGGGAGAGAAAUGAUUCGAGUGUGCCAAAUGAAAGAAGAAGAACUCUAUAUCUUCAAUUCAGAAGGACCACCAAAGGAGGCACACUGGAGACAGACGCUUUGGGUGUACUUUGUGCCACGAGAAGUUUGUAAUGUACUGCGUAAGCACCUGCUUUGUAUCCAGUCCAGUUGUAGCGCCUUAAGUUUGAAAUGUAUUGUUACCAUGAAAAUAAUUUACCUUCUCAGGUUUAGUUGUCUUAAGUUCAUGACAGGUGCGAUCUUCCAAGGAGGUAAAUUACAUGUAUCCUUUUGUUUCCUGCUUUCUUAUUACGGUUCAGUGUUCGUCACAGAAUAAAGCUUUACAGUCACACUGAAA